AUGUUUUCACUCGCUGAGGGAUGUGGCUGCGUCAGCUUCCGCGGGGGGCGCCGGCCUCGCUCCCAGGGAGACGACUCCUCGUCAUGCCGAAGUUCAGAAAUAGAACAAGAGGUUCCCAAGCGGCUUGGCAAGAGAGUGCUGAAUGGGGAAUGCACCAUCAAAGCCCUCGCCCCGUUCCUUAGAUUUUGGAGGAGAGAUGACGUCAGCAUGACUAAGGCGGAGAGAACAAUGAAGGCAGCCAUCUUGAUCCAACAGUGGUACCGUAGAUACUUGGCUCGGAUGGAGGUGCGCAGGCGCUAUACCUGGACUAUAUUUCAAAACAUCGAAUACGCUGGUGAACAGGACCAAGUGAAGCUGUACAAUUUCUUCAACGCCUUGCUAAGUCACAUGAAGGAUACGAGCGGUCGGCCCUCCUCCGAGAGAACAUCGAGGACUGCUUCCGUUUUGGAGCAAGUAUUUUCGGAGGAGUCCGACGAGGGUGGGGGCAUUGAUGAAACAGCUCCCCCGAAGCCUUCACGUGGCCCCGACAUCGAAUUCCCGCUGCAAAGAAAGGAUAUUGACCUACUGAUUGAGGCAUUUAGGAAGAAGAAGCACCGACUUCAUCCGAAACACGUCGGGCAGAUAUUAAAAGAGGCCACUCAAGUGUUGAAGAGAAUGCCCAAUAUCAACGUGGCGACCACUUCUAUCUCCAGCCAGAUCACUGUCUGCGGGGACUUGCAUGGAAAACUCGACGACCUGCUGGUUAUAUUCCAUAAGAAUGGGCUGCCGUCUCCAGAAAACCCAUACAUAUUCAACGGGGACUUCGUGGAUCGCGGCAAGAAGGGGUUGGAGGUGUUCCUCUUGCUAUUGUCUUGCAUGUUGGCCUUCCCCGGAGGAGUGUUCUUGAAUCGCGGCAACCAUGAAGAUCUCAUUAUGAAUUCUAGGUACGGUUUCAUAAAAGAAGUUCAGCAGAAGUAUCGGCACAACUCGGAGCGGUUACUGAAACUGAUUGAAGGCGUGUACCGCUGGCUUCCCCUGGGCACUAUCAUCAAUAACAGAGUAUUCGUGGUCCACGGCGGCAUAUCAGACACUACAGAUCUCGACAUGAUACGAAGCCUGGAACGUGAUAAGUACGUGUCUCUGCUCCGCCCACCAGUGACCGAGGGUUCGGCGACGGGCGCUGAAGUUAUAGACAAAGUGGAGUGGAAACAGGUGUUCGACAUCCUCUGGUCGGAUCCACAAUGCACCGGUGGUUGUGUAGCUAAUGCUCUUCGUGGUGCUGGAACCUACUUCGGUCCAGAUGUUACAGCUAACUUCUUGCAGAAGAACAAGUUGAGCUUUCUUAUCAGAAGUCACGAGUGCAAGCCUGGUGGAUAUGAGCUACUGCACAACGGAAAUGUGAUAACAAUCUUCUCUGCAUCGAACUACUACGAGUUGGGGUCUAAUAAAGGGGCCUAUCUGAAGCUAUGUGGCAACUCGUUGGAGCGUCAGUUUGUCCAGUACACUGCCGCUGUGUCUCGCACUCGACGGCUGACUUUCCGACAGAGAGUGGGCCUGGUUGAGUCUUCCGCCAUGAGGGAACUGCACAACCAAAUUAUGAUGGUUCGAAGACCCUUAGAAGCAAACUUCCGUAGUAUGGAUUUGGAUCAAAGUGGCUAUAUAUCGAUCAGUGACUGGUGCCAAGCUAUGGAAGAAACCACGCAUUUAGGGCUUCCCUGGAGAAUGCUAAAGGACAAGUUAGUACGGACUGAUCCCGACACGCGCCGCGUCCGGUACAUGGACACUUUCGACUUGAACUCCAGCAAAAUUGGUCGUAAAACUGACUCAUCGAAUGUUGUGGAAACCUUAUACAAAAAUAAGAGCAGUUUGGAAGCUAUUUUCAAAAUAUUGGACAAAGAUAACUCAGGUUUUAUUACGCUCGAAGAAUUCUCGGAAGCUUGUCAGCUAAUUGGCAAAUAUAUGCCAAAUCCCAUGACGCAGGAGCAGUUGGUUGAUAUUUGCCGCUUGAUGGACAUCAACAAAGAUGGAUUGGUAGAUCUGAACGAGUUUCUAGAGAGCUUCCGGCUCGCUGAAAGGAGUUUACAAUAUGAGGAGAACGAGAUAGCCGAGAUACAAGCCACCUGA